AUGAAUCACCCGGAAACGACCAUAUCCAAUUUCCAGGAAACGCUUGAUGCGUAUAUAAAACCCCGUGAGCAAUUCAACUACAUCAGACGUAUCCUGGCUCUUGAACUAGGUUCCUACACUGGCGAUGGCCCAAUACAGCACCCCUUAUCACUCAAUGUCGGACCAAUCGUCAGAGAUGUCGGCGCAGAACUCAAAGGCCUACACAAACAGUUCAUCGAGGCUCUUAUUGCAAACAGUAUAGCUUCUCAAAAAUUCCAGCAAAUGGUCAACGAAAGCACCACAGAACCCGUCGCUCCUGCAAAGCGAGCCACAGACAACUCGCCAUCCUCUCUCGAAGAACACCUAGCCCUCUUGAAGCUCCGCCAAAAGCACCAAUGUCUCGUCACAAUCCAGAGUUACCUACACCGCCUAUCCGAGGCUCCGGAAGCUGCGCAAAAUACGGUAGGCAUCGAGAAGGUUCUCGAAGGGGGCAGGGCGCUCCCCAGUGUUCCUAGCCCGAUGCUCAACAGCUUCGCGGCCGAGCAGAGCGCAGGACAUCCCGACCUCCAAAGCCGCGUCAAACUGCUGGACAAAAUCGUCCUCCAGGCAAAGCUGAUUUUGAAACGUGAGGAGCGGCUACUGGACGAGGCAAGAGAAAGAUGCAAAACGAAGCCAGAGCUCGUCAGCAACGGCGCAAAACUACAAGCUCUUGAUAGCACGCGAAAUGAGCUAAUCCGCUGGAUUGAAGCGGAACUAAGCAAGGCGUCGACGGAGGACGACAAAGCGUCGGUUCCACAGAGACAGGCACAAACAGCAGACGACCAAGCCACCAUCACAAGGCAACUGCAGAUAAUUCAAGACAAAUACAAAGGAUACGUCGCCGCAAGAAAGGAACUGCUGAAGCUCACGUCGAAAUCAUCUCAGCCGUCGAUACUCCCCCCACAGACAACAAGCGCUACAUCAUCGUCAAGAUCGGCCGAGCCAGGUUUUCCAUCCACUGACCUACUUCUCAUGCCGUAUAUUCGAGGCCUCAUCACCCAUGCCCAACAACAAAAAGCCCUCGUUGCGCAUAAAGCCCACAUCACCGCGUCGCUGGGCAGAAAAAACAAGGAAUCAUGCCAGCUCCUCGGCCGUCUAGCUGAAGAGAGUCAAUUGCUCUCAGCGUACCCAAUGAAGGACUCUACACGCAGACGAUCAGGCAUCCCGGAGAUCAUAUCGGCCAAGCCUAAUGAGCGGCCUGACACGGCUAGCCGCGUCAAACCGUGGAUAUUUGCCUGCGACGCCGCCAAGAUUAACACGUUGGAGGCAGUAGCAGAAAAGGUGGAGGUGGGACAAGUGGCGCUGGAGAAUUCCAUCGCGGCCAUUCACGAGAUGGACGUGUUGCUGGGACUGGACGAUGACGGGGAGGAAACUGGUGGGAUGGAUAAUACGGAGGACGACAUGUGGUUGCAGGGAUCUGUGAAAAAGCAGUUCAGGAAGAAGGUCUUGUCACCGAAUCAAGGCGACCCUUGGGCAAAAAUUAACGGCAAUCUUGGUCUGAUUGGCCAUGACAACGUAUGA